AUGAGGAAGUUGAAUUUCAGGAGGGUGUUGGACCGUAUAUGUUUUUCUUCUGGCUCUGGCUCUGGCUCUGGCUCGGGUUCUUGCUUUUGCAUUAGUGCUAACUGUGGGAACGAAGAAGAAGAAGAAGAAGAAGAAUUCGAAGAAAAGCCACUAAUUGCAAAAACUGACGAAGUAGUUGGUCCAUUGUUGAGAGUCAAAGACAUUAUAGCUGGAACACCUUCUCUGGCUUUCCAACUUAAGCCUAAGAUGGUGGUUCUGAGAGUAUCCAUGCACUGUAAUGGUUGCGCAAGAAAAAUCGAGAAGCAUAUAGCGAAGAUGGAAGGGGUGAGUUCAUAUCAAGUAGACCUGGUAACAAAAAUGGUGGUUGUCACAGGGGACAUUGUUCCUUUUCAAGUAUUAGAGAGUAUUUCCAGAGUCAAAGCUGCAGAGCUUUGGAACGAUCCAUCCUCGUCCCCUCUUGUAAUUACUUGA